AUGCACUUUGUCUCCAAAGACGCAAUAAUUGAUGCAUUCAAAUCGGCAAGGUCGUUGCAACAGGCCUGUAGUCAGAUGAGUCAGAUCACUUUGGACGACAUUUUGGGGAUGCUAGAGCCGGCUAUGACGAUAGUUGAAGGUCUUCGCAACAAUGUUGGCGCGGGUCAAAUCGGAGAGCUCACGAAUGAGAUCGUUUCACAAGUCGUGAUCAAAGAAACCGCCAAGGCCGCGCUUGCAGAGCGCGUAGCUAUAGAAAUGGAGGAUAUUUGCCGGCUGCGGGAAGAACUUGACAUAAGAGAACAAGCCCUGGCCGACGAGGUGGCAAGGGAAGAAGGCAAUCAGAGCGCGUUGCUUAGUGGCAUGAUUGACAAAUUCUUGGACAACACAUUUGGAAAAAGCUCAGAAAACCUCCAGGCUCAACCAGCACGCAGAAAGGCCACUAAGACGUUCACUGGCGAUGCGACUGGGUAG